CGGUACAGAAUAGUGAGUUGGCUCCUCGACUAAAGUCACCAACUCCCUACCUUCAAUCAAGGAUGCUCUAUUAACCUAGGCAGAUAUUCUCAUUCUAGGUUAAAGCAGAAACAACAGGAAUUUGAUCAGGAUUCAAGUCAUUCAAUCAUUCAAACCUCAAUUGAAUAUAAUCAAAUCAUAGAAUCAGUACUUGGGUUCAUACAAUCAAAGCCUAACAUACAAAUCUAGGGUUCUCCAUACCCAGAUGAAUGGGAGAACUACUCCAUGGAGAAAGAAGCAAAAGCAGAAUCAGAUGCGGAAUUCAUACUGCGAAGGAUGGAUUCCUGCUUCUGGACGUUGAUUGGCACUUCUCCAAGCUCAAGCUGGCCUCCAAUGGUGUUGAAGAUCAAUCUAAGGCACUUGGAGACUCUUGUUCGUCGCUUUCUCUCUCUAGAAAUCGCUCUCUUUCUCUAAAACCCGAAUCCUCUCGAAUUGUGGCUGAAAUUCUACUUAAAAGGAGAAAAUCCCGACUCACACGGCCAGGGUGGCACGGCCGUGCAGCUCACCCAGUUGCCCGUGUGAGUCAAAACACUGCGUAUCAUUUAGUUGAAUUUCAGGCUCUUUGCACGGCCAGAGUGGCACGGCCGUGUGGACAUCCCCUCUCUCCCGUGGUUGCUCUCGCAGAAUGUGGCACGGCCAACCCGGCCACUUGCACGGCCGUGUCGAUCUUCUGCUCUGCCCGUGUCUGCUCUCGCAGAAUGUCACACGGCCAAACCACUCCUUCACACGGCCGUGUGAACAUCAGGGCAGCCCGUGUGACCUCCUUUGUGACUUGUCUCGCGCCCGAUCUUCGCCCAAUCGACCCCGAACUCGCUCCUAAACCUUCAUUCACUUGCCAGGACCUGAAAUAUCACAAACAAGCACAACCUGGCGUGAAAUCGGUCUAAAACACGAGAAACCACAUCUCAAACGGUGUAAGAACAGGGGUGAAAACAUGUGUAACUAACGGUCUAUCAAACUCCCCCACACUUAACCGUUUGCUUGUCCCCAAGCAAACCAAGUCAAACACAAGGUAAGCUCAAAACAACAAGGCAUGACAUAUCGGCACAAAACACGUGGAUCAUACUGGCUUUCGAUCAGUAACACAUGGACAACUUCAAUGACAACCUAGACAACCACCACUGAUGACAUUCGAAUGCAGCAAAAAUCGAGCAAAGGAAGAGUUUCCCUUCUGUUCACCAACCAACAUAGACUUAACUCAACCACUUGUUCAAAACAGUCACAUCAUGCACAAAAUUCAAGGUAUCAGAAGUAAGACCGAGCAAUCUAGGUCCACACCGGGAUAAAGAGUAUAAAGAAUA